GCCUCCGACCUGUUAUUCGUCGAGAGCGGGACGGUUGUUUCUUUUACGUUUAUAGAACGAAUCUCCUGUAUUGAAAUGUCUGGACGUGGUAAAGGUGGAAAAGUAAAGGGAAAGGCAAAGUCUCGUUCCAACAGAGCUGGCCUGCAGUUUCCUGUUGGCCGAAUUCACAGACUUCUUCGGAAAGGGAACUAUGCCGAACGUGUCGGAGCCGGAGCGCCUGUUUAUUUGGCGGCUGUUAUGGAGUACUUGGCUGCUGAAGUCUUGGAAUUGGCGGGAAACGCUGCUCGUGACAAUAAGAAAACCAGAAUCAUUCCACGUCAUCUGCAACUGGCCAUUCGCAAUGACGAAGAAUUGAACAAGUUGCUCUCCGGAGUAACAAUUGCUCAAGGUGGUGUGUUGCCUAACAUUCAAGCAGUUCUAUUGCCCAAGAAGACUGAGAAAAAAGCAUAGAUUAAAAAAAAUGGUCCUUUUCAGGACCGCAAAAUACGUCUCAUGGAAGGAGUUUUAUUUGGUUCACAAACUUUUAAACAUUCUUAAUUUUAGCAAUGACUCUUUCAAUUAGUCAAUUGUCACUCUUCAUCCUCUGAAAUUUCAUUUGACAUAGCCUUUUUGAUCUGUGCAUGAAUAUUGUACAUUUCAAAAACAAAAGUGAGUCAUAGCUUCACAGAUGACACCCAUAGGCAAAGCAAUCUGUUGUCCGGUGUGAGAUAUUUAUGACCAUUGUACUUCAUUAACAAUAGUACUGAUGACCAUGCUAAUGUGGACAAUCUCUAAGCGAUCGAAGAACCGCGGUUUUAGGCCAGCGCGACAUGGUAAUGAUUUUCUAUGAUGAUUAUAUGAUAACAGUAAUUUUGAAAAAUCACAAAUAAUCCUGGAGCAAUACUAAAUCUAGAUCAUAUAUGAGAUCAAGUAACGAAUAGGAGAUACAAAAUUUUAUUUCUCAAUAUAACAUAUGUGCUUGACAUACGUAUGUAGCAUCGAAGAAAGAUGCAGUAGACUGAAUGUGUCACAAUAUCAUAAUAUUCUGUGCGUGUUAUAUGUUAAAGUUCUUGAUUAAUAUAAGAAAAAGUGACAGUUUCUGUUGAUUAAGCUAUUUAUGUUGAAAGGCCAAAGUCCGAAUGCUUAUGAGGUUGCUGUAUCACCAACCAUUCCACAGUGUACCAGAAAGAAAGAACAGUGAUAAGAGCAUUAUAAUUUUAUACGUAUUUUAUGUGACUUUUGACGACUGAAAGACAUUAACUGGAGAGCAGGUGUAGACUGUCCAAUUGUGAGACACUUCACGACAAUGAUUUUCAAAUGAAGAACAAAAUUGCGGGACCAUUCCCAGGAUUAGUAUCAUUGACUAGUCAUUUCUUAUAAUCAGUAAUAUAUUGCUUGGAGUAAAAGGAUCGUGUAUCAAGUUACAUAUACAAGUUACAUAUUGUAUAAAUACAUAUCCAAUGUAUGUCAGUUUUGAUUUGCGUUAUGCGGAACAAGGAGCCUCAGCAACAUUUAUGCUACAGUCACUUUAUGCAAUAAGUAUCUUCACCAUUUAACCUGGCAUUUAAUCGGUAAUCAUGCAGACCUUAACAAGGAAAACCAAUUGUUGGCGGCAGAUAGCUGAACGUCUGGAGGCCUGAUUUCCGGUUAAAUGAUUAAGAAAGAACAAUACGAUCGCGAAAUCUUUGAACUGUGUAUGCUGCGUUUGAACAUUACUCGUGCCUGUAGAAUGAUCCUUGAGUAAGUACCAGACAAUAAUAGAGUCAAUGCCAUUAACCGCGCAAACAUUUUUGAAUUACUUGAAAUCAACAUGGCUAUCGCUCUAUGGAAGAAAUCAGGAAUAGCUAUUCUUAUCCCUUUCGUUAAUCGUCUUAUUAUAUUAUCAAUACUCUCAUCAGUACGAAAUGUGGGCAGUUUUGUCGUAAUUGACAAAUCACAACGACAGUUGUCAAAUUUACUGACAACUUGCAACGUUCGUAUGGAAAAUUACAUUCGUAUGGUGUCAGACUGUUUCGACGUUACUGUUGAAAAUGGAAUUAUCAGAGGACGAAUUGCUUGUCAAUGUCACAAAUGCACACGGAAAUGGAGACACGAUGCAGAUCACUGUGGUCCUAGGAAAGCCCACAUCCUGGCCUGCCGAUUUGGAGGUCCUCGUUGGGGAAUCAAUUGUUGGCAUAACACAAUAGAGCAAGAAUUCUGGUGGACCGCGCAAGAGGAACGUCUUGCAUUAAAUUUACCUGCUGACGUCAUACUUGAUACCCAUGCUGUUUCAUACUGUGUCGCUAAUGAUUGUAAAUAUUUUAAUGUGUCCGCUAGCCACGAGAGGUUCGUGAAGAAACGUAAAUCUCUUAUGAGACUGACUUUGCAGAGAUUACAGUUUUGAAGGAAAGGUAAAAAUAUAAAAUGGAAUAAGGUUUGGGAAUUCGCUGGCACAAGUGAAAUACAAUCAAGGGUUAAUGCAG